AUGCAAAUCCCUUCAGCGUCUGUCAUCAGUCACUGGCCUGCGGCAAAUUACACCAACCCGGUGACCAGAGGACCGGCGGCUAUCAUCGUCGUCUCUGUCCUGCUUUUCUUGGUCACUACGCUUCUCGCCAUUCGAAUCUACACUCGCUUGCGAAUAUCAAAGGGUUUUGGGCUGGAUGAUGUGCUCAUAUUGGUGGCCUAUGUCCCAACGGCCGCUUUCGCCAGCAUCUCCUUCGUGGCACAGGUGGACUUUGGCUGGGGCAGACAUGUCUGGGAUAUUCCGCUCAACUUCGUGACUCCAGGCUUACAAUUGAGCCUGGCUUCACAGUUGCUGUUCGACCUCUCCACGACGUUGACAAAGCUCUCGAUGCUGUCACUGAUCUACAGAGUUGUGUCUAUCGAUAAUAGCCGGUACAGAUACAUUGUAAUCGCAGUUGCUGCUUUCGUCAGCCUCGACGGCCUGAUCUUCUUCAUACUCGUCACUUUUCAUGAACACAGUCCCGUUUCGGCAUACUGGACGUUAUCUAUCGAGCCACAGAUGUGUAUCAACCAGCCCAAGCACCUACUCGCUGCCGGGUGCAUCAACACGAUUACGGAUUUCAUCAUCGUCCUCAUUCCGAUCCCGUACGUCCGUCGUCUUAAGCUGCCUCGGAAGCAGCAGAUCAUAGUCGGCAGCCUAUUCGCCGGCGGUGUAUUCGUGACGGCUGCUGGAGCCGUGAGGACUGCGGUCACCUUUAUGUCCUACGAUGACCCGAACAAAGACCUGACGUGGAACUCUAUUUCCGUCCUCAUCGUCAGCGCUCUUGAGCUUCACAUCGGCAUUAUCUGCGCCUCGAUCCCUUCUAUCAAACCC